UCCAAGCCGAACAGUGGCGGCAAAUCGACGUUGCCCGGCAUCGGCGAUAACGUAAUUAGCGAGGAGAAGAGCAGAAAUGUGGAACUGAUGAAAACCACGAAAAAUUUUAAUGUCGCAAAUCUGGAGGGCGAAAGUGGGCUCAUCUGA